AUUUUUUACGGAUUUUUUUCUUAUUCUCAGUUGGAGUCUACUUUUUUCAGUGUUCCAUGUGUUCAAGCCGAUUUCAAACGUGCUACCCGAUUCUUCUCUACUGAUUGCAGUCGGUCUUGUGAUCGGGUUACUUCUUAAAGAAACCGGAGCUCAUAUAAAUUAUUCACUUGACUCUCAUGUGUUCUUCUUAUAUCUUCUACCACCUAUCAUUUUUGAUGCGGGUUAUUUUAUGCCUAACAGGGCCCUUUUCGAAAAUUUCGACUCGGUACUUCUUUUCGCCGUUGUCGGUACGAUAUGGAACUGUUUGGCAAUAGGUAAGGGUUAA